GCCGCCUUUUACGUAAAAUACUGAAGAAAGCCCUUGGACUCCCAAAAGCUCUAACGGUUCACCGCUCACGCUAGUAACGCCGAACUUUGAGAUUUCUUCGGGUGAAAAAGUUUGUUUUGUUUCUUACCAAGAAAGUGAAAAAAUGGAAGACUCUUUACGAAUCCAAAGAUUCGAUCAACUUCCAUCAGCUACACAGUUUGCCUCUCAGAUUGAAUCUCGAAAUGUUCCCGCUGUGUUCGUUGGAUGCGUUAAGGACUGGAAAGCUGUUUCCAAGUGGAAUCCUUGUAAUGGCGGCCUCGACUAUUUGGAGGAACGGGUAGGAUCAUUCAUGGUGGAGGCUAUGUUAUCUAGAACUGCACCGGUGUUUUAUGGUGAUCUUAGAAGCCAUGAGAGGGUUCCAUUACCAUUUUCAACUUUUAUUGGCUUUUGUAAACAGCAUAGGCAAAAUGUUGACAAUUCUUGCAGCUUUAAUUCUAAUUCAGAAGGGCAUAAACCAGGAGAAUCUGACACAGAGCAAGGAUGUUCACCAUUUGUAGAUGCUGCUCCACAACAAAUCUACCUAGCACAGGUUCCAAUUAUAAAUGCUGAGAAUGAAGAAAGGGUUCAACUGGAAACUUUAAGGGAGGACAUGCAAUUGCCUGCAAUUUUGGAAGAAAAGAAUCUAUCUUCUAUUAAUUUGUGGAUGAACAAUGCCAAAGCUAGAUCAAGUGCUCACUAUGAUCCUCACCAUAAUCUCCUAUGUAUAGUUACUGGAAGGAAACAAGUUGUUUUAUGGCCCCCUUCUGCAAGUCCCAUGUUAUAUCCCAUGCCUAUAUACGGGGAGGCCUCAAACCAUAGUUCUGUUGCUUUGGAAAACCCUGAUUUUUCAGUUCAUCCAAGAGCACAAUAUUCCAUGGAAUACUCUCAGAAGGUUAUUCUUCAUGCAGGUGAUGCACUUUUCAUUCCUGAAGGCUGGUUCCACCAGGUAGAUAGCUAUGAUUUAACAAUUGCUGUUAAUUAUUGGUGGUGCUCCAGCAUAAUGUCCAGCCUGGCAGAUCACAUGGAUGCAUAUUAUUUGCGCAGAAUACUUAGAAGAUUGACAGACAGAGAAAUGGACCAAGUACUUCUCAAGGGUUCUACUGCUAUGUGGAGACAGGAGAGGAAUAUACCAGAGCUGCCUUGUAACAAAGCCAUUCUUUGUGAAUUAAACUUGAUAACUUUUUUACCAGAUCAAGUAGACCAUAGCUUGGAUCAGGCUAGUCAGAGAAAGGAUUUGAAAGGGAAGGAACAAAAACAUAGCCUUCUUUUGCAUGAAUUGGAACCUUAUGCUCUCCAGGCUCUUCAUAAACUAGUUGCUUUAGUUCAAGACCGUGUUAAUGCUUCUGAUCAGAACAAACCAGUGUUGUCUACUUCAACAAAUGGUUUGAUGUGUUACGCGAUAGAUGAGCGAAAUAAAACUUUAAUGACUGAAAUAUUUCAUUUAGAAGAUGAUCCAGUAGCUAAAAUUCUCUGGAUCCUUGAACCGUGCAACUUUCAGGAUAUGUUUCUUGCCAUGGCGCACAACUUCCCCCGAACUUUGGAAGCUUUAAUACUGCACUUGCUUUCACCAGUGGGGGCAGAAGUCCUUACUCGAAAAUUUGAUGAUAUAGAUAAGCAGAACUCUGAAGAACAUCGGAACAAAUUCUACCAGGUCUUCUAUGGUGUAUUUGAUAACCAAUUUGCAGCGAUGGAUGCCAUUCUAAAUGGGAAAGAGUCAUUUGCACGCCAGGCAUUUAAAAAUGUGUUGGAUAAAUACUUGGGGGGGAAUUUUAAUGUACCAAAACUGUGUGUUGGGCGAGACAUCUUGUGACACAUUCUUCUUUAGGAAUUGGUCCCAUGGUGUUCUGGAGAUGGUAAAUUGAUGCAUGUUUCAUCUCAGAAGCUUUCUGUCGCAAUCAGUGCUUUUACAUGUGUGUUAUCAACAAUUUUGUAGAAUAUAAAUCGUUACAAACCUUGGAUAGUGCAGCAUAUCUCAGUUAUUCUUAGAUGCUGUAUGAUUUAAAUUACAAAGCUCUUCCAUUGCCCUACCUGAAUGUUUUAUUAAGACUAUAUGGCAAGCAUAAACAUGUUUAGGGAAAGAAUAUCUCGAACAUGAACUAGAUGAAAAUGGUAAGCAUUAUGGGGAUAUGAUAAUUAACUUGAAACAAAUAUGUGCUUAAUUGAACCCUGAAGUGCAUUGAAGAGAAGAAAAGCAGGGUGACAGCAGUCUUCCUAGAAGUUAACCACCUGCACACAAUAACACCAACCUGCAUUAUUUGAUGUUUGAAAUGGGCAUUAAGAUUGCCAUGAUGCUAGGGACUUUCCUUUAUGAUUUUGUUAGAAAUGACUAUUAGUGGUGAGUAAAUGGGGACCUGUUCUACUCAUAGCGGAUAGCGGAUGCUAUCUAUAUAUCGUGAUUGUUGAUCUCUUUGUUGUAGUCUGUGUCUUGUAACUUUCUUUUGCUAAGCUUCUAUUACUAAAUUGUAAAGUUUUUAAAGAGGAAAAUAGCAAGUAUUAAUGAAAAUGGGCUUUUACAGUUAUUGGCUUAAACAACAUGGUAGAAACAUGC